GUAAACGGGAUAGACCGGAAGUGACGAGUUAGAUCAAAGAGAAACGGGACGAAGGAUAGACCGGAAGUGUCUGAAGCCUGUCGGAAGUUACUAAAGUUUCCCGGAAGUGAGGCGUGUGUCCGGAAGUUGGGGUUCUCUACACGUGUGUGCUCGGUGAUGGCGGGACUGGAGCUGCUCUCCGAUGAAGGGUUCCGGCAGGACGGGAGGAGGCCGGCGGAGCUCCGGAAGAUUCAGUGCCGGAUGGGGGUGUUCGAACAGGCGGACGGAUCGGCCUAUGUAGAGCAGGGGAACACCAAGGCGCUGGCCACCGUGUACGGGCCUCAUGAGAUCCGAGGUCCUCGCAGUAAGACCCUCCAUGACCGGGCGGUGGUGAACUGUCAGUUCAGUAUGGCCACCUUCAGCACGGCGGAGAGGAAGCGACGCCCCCAUGGAGACCGCAAGUCCACCGAGAUGACCAUUCACCUCAAGCAAACGUUCGAGGCGGCCAUCCUCACCCAGCAAUACCCGCGCUCCCAGAUCGACAUCUACGUACAGAUCCUCCAGGCGGACGGCGGGAAUUACUGCACCUCUGUGAACGCGGCCACUCUGGCGGUGAUCGACGCCGGCAUCCCCAUGAGGGAUUACGUGUGCGCAUGCUCGGCCGGCUUCAUCGAGGACACGCCGCUGGUGGACUUGAGUUACAUCGAGGAGGCGGCCGGGGGCCCUCAGCUGGCGUUGGCUUUGUUGCCGAAAUCUGACCGGAUAGCGCUGCUGGAAAUGAACUCGCGGCUCCACGAGGAUCACCUGGAGCGCGUCAUGGACGCGGCCACCAAAGCCUGCAAGGACGUGUACGCCGUCCUGGACCAGGCCGUCAGGGAGCAUCUGCAGGAGACCACCGCGCUGCUGGGAGACCGCGGCUCGUCGUAAUGGCCGCCGCUCCCGUCCCCCGGUUUUAGGAGGACGUUCUCCUUCCACAAUUGAGGUGGAGAUGGAUGUACGGGGACUUUACCAGGCACGUGCCCAGAAGAACUCUACCACACAUGGGGGCUCAACUUGCAGCCCUCCAGCUGUUGCGGAGCUACAGUCCCAGCAUGCCUUUCACUUGGGGAGUCAUGCUUGUAACUCGGUCUU